CGCAUGCGUAGCAGACACACCACAAUGGCGAAUUAGAGAUAACCAUGAUUCAUAUUCAAGUUCAGUAACCAGAUCUUUAAAGCAAUUAGAUUUUUCAUCUUUGAAUUCAUACCCCUGAAAAAGAAAAACUUGUGAACUACUAAUUAAAAUCUCCUAGACAGUCUGAUUAAAAUACAAAAAGCUAUCUGAGAAACAAAUCAGUCCCUGAGGACUGAUGAUUGCCAUAGGUUCGUUUUCAAAGGGAACUUUAGGAGCGAGCUGUGUUUACAGGGAAGCAAUUAAACUAUUUGAUCAUAUCUGAUUCAAGUCUUCUCUCAGAUGACUCAGAUAUUGUAUCACAUUGCAUCUUCUAGUAGGCCUAUCUUUAGCUGGUACCAUGAUCAGUAAAUACACUCACAAAGCCCCGAAGAAGCUUCCCAGAAAGACCCACAAGGGGCUGAGAAAGGUGGCCUGCAUUGGUGCCUGGCAUCCUGCACGUGUGGCCUUCACUAUAGCUCGGGCCGGUCAGAAAGGCUAUCAGCACCGCACUGAGAUCAACAAGAAGAUAUUUCGUAUUGGCAGAGGCAUUCACAUCCAGGAUGGAAAGGUGGUGCGAAACAACGCCUCCACCAGCUACGACCUCAGCCAGAAAACCAUCAUUCCAAUGGGCGGUUUUCCUUGCUACGGUGAAGUAAAUAAUGAUUUUAUCAUGGUGAAAGGCUGUGUUGUCGGUGCUAAAAAACGUGUCCUGACACUCAGAAAUUCCUUGCUCACGCUCACGUCACGCAGGGCCAAGGAGACCAUUGAGCUCAAAUUCAUCGACACCACUUCGAAAUUCAGCCAUGGGCGCUUCCAAACGGCCCAAGAGAAGAGAGCUUUUAUGGGGCCACUGAAAAAAGAUCCUCUAAAGACAAUGCCGUUACCUCUGUCAGAGGAGGCCUGAAAGAAUGGCUUCUGAUAAUCUACUUGCAG